AUGGCUACCAUAGUAAUGCAAAAAGAUCUUGUUAUUACUCUCAAAAGGGAAACAAUACUAAAUGUGGGAAUUCUAAGCAAGCUUCAGCCGAUGCUACCAGAGUUAUCGAGGUUGAUAUUUAAGGAAAAUGCUCUUGAUAAACCUACACAGAACUUAUUUAAUCAGUUAUCCCAUUAUUUGGUGUCAAUAAUCGAUCCUCAAGUAUACGCAUCACUAACAUGGCCUUUGUAUGAUACUAAAGCGGAAAGGACCUAUAGAAAUGAAUUUUCUGUAUUCAUAAGCGAUUAUAGUUCGAAAGGUCUGCUUACUCCAGUCAUGUCUUCAUAUUUAGUUAACGCGGGAUGCUUUAAAGUGACUGUUCUAAUGUUCCAACUCUCACAAUUGGCGGUAAAUCGGAUGCUUCAAACAAAAAUGGUUAAAGAAAAUAAAAAAUUGCUAUACAUUAACAUGACAGAUAAAUAUAAAGCCCAUGAAAAAGAUGGCUUUUUGGAAUGUAUAGAAAAAGAGACAAGUAUUAUGUUAAGUAAGUUCUCCAAUUAUCUGAACAAACGGCAUAUUAUGGAGAAUAUAGCAGAUUUGUUUCGAAAGAAAAUUACAGUAAUGGAUAAUAAAUUAUCGCAACUUCAAGCUCAAAGUUUUAUUAAUAAUUUGGUGGACGAUUUUCUAAGUAAAAAUGAUUUAGAUGACGCAAGUAGAGAACAAAUAUUGAAAAUUAAAAAUGUUAAUGAACAAUCACCAUUCUUUGAUGACUGGCUACAAUAUGUCGAUCAACAAAGUGACGGUUUGGAUAAAAAAUGGACAGAAAAAAUAUCACCGUUGUUAAACAAAUGUAAUGUAGUUCAUGAUUUAACAGAAGCUGUAAUCAAUAGACACACAGGGCAAGUGGAAAGAAGUUCGUACACUCUUGAAUAUGAUCCAAAAGUCGAUCAAAUAUGUACAAAAGAACUACAAAGUCAUGUUAAUACACAACAAACAUAUAUACUUAAAAAUAUAGAGAAAUCGGGAUGUUUGAACUUCCCGAACCUAAUCCGAGCAUUUGUUAUAUCUAUCUGUUAUAUGUUAAAAAAUAAUGAGAUCGGUAAUGAAGUAUAUAAGUUUAACCAGUAUUUAGAUGGAGCCAACCAUAAUUUCGGUGAAAUGGUAUCAGCUCUAAAGAUAUUAAUUGAAAGGGUCUUGAAUGCCGAAGAAAAAUUACAGACAUCAUCAGUGGAAUACAGAUCAGUUUCAUUAAGACAAUAUUCGGAGAUUCCAUUAUUGCCGGAUUUAUCAGAAUUGAAAAUAAGCCGAGAUCAAUAUCAUACAGUUUAUGAUACAUUCACACCACUUAAUUUAACUCGACGUCAAUUUAAUCUGCGAAGACAGAAUAGUGGGACAUUUGCAAAGCCCCAAUCCCGAUCUUUAAUACAGCCAUUCUAUCAAUUACCGAAGGAUGAGUUCCUAAAAAGCUUGAAAACGUGCCGGAAACAUAAUGAUAACUUGAAUAUAAGUCAGAAUAUUAACAAUAUCUCGAUGAUAUCUAAUAUUAACAAAGUUAAUGAAACCAUAGCUGAAUGUUCAUCUGGAUUCACAAAACAACAGAUAUUGAGAUUGCUAUCCACAAAGAAAUCUAGUAGCUCCAAGAAGUUUAAAUAUAAAACCGAUCAUACGAACAUUAAAAUAAAAAGAAAUGGUGCCCUUUUCAAUGAUUCUAUUACUUCAAAUGAGAGUAACGGUUUGUUUCGGAGCUAUUCAUCACCUAAUCUAUUUGAAAACAAAGAAAGGAGGUCGUUUAAUAAAAUAAAAGGCAAGAAAUUAUCUAUCAUGAAAGAAGAUAGUCCUUCACAGUUAGAAGUUUCCGGCAUUACUUGUAUCGAUCAAGACAGCAAUUAUAAUUCACCUCAUGGGCUCGGUAAUGCUGAAAGUUCAAGAAAUUUAGAUUCAACGAACAUACCAACAAUCACUGUUACCAAUGAUAGUGAAAAAAUUAUCAAUAAAGUAAAUAACAUACAGAUUUUAACCGAUUUAGAAAUGGAUAGUACUGUUUCACCGAUCUUAGAAGUGCCAAGGAGUGAUAUAACUCCAAAACCAAAUACAUCCGUUAUAAGGAAAACUAGUUCGUUGGAAAAAAUAAUUAACCGUUUUAAGAAAGUUAGGGCGAGUGUUAUACCUGAACGUGAAAUUACAGACAUAAAAACGAUUGAAGAAGAAAAUUUUAAUGGAAACUUCGAAAUGUACACAGCAAAUAGAAACUUAUUGCCGGAUUUACUGAGUCCGAGUUGCAGCGUUUGGAAGAAUGUUAAUAGUAACUGUUUGGAUGAAUUCUGUAUGGAUUUGGAUGAAGUUGAAACUCGGAAACCCAGGGAAAGUUUGGGGACAGCGCUGGGUGUAGACCAGACUUUCCUAGAUCAAUUCGAUUUAAUAGACUGA